ACCGUGGUGUCGGCAAAGAAACGAUGGCUAACUCGGGGAAGCAGCCGAAAACGGGGUCCAAAUUGGCGACUGGGGCGCCAGGUGGGCCGGGAGCGGCCAACAAUGCCCCAGUCCUUCCACUGGCGUCCCCCUUGAUGGGGGGGCUAAACAAAAAGAAAAAGCCCUUCCUAGGCAUGCCUGCACCCUUGGGUUACGUGCCUGGUUUGGGAAGAGGAGCCACUGGUUUUACAACACGUUCCGAUAUCGGUCCAGCUCGUGAUGCAAACGACCCCGUGGACGACCGUCAUGCUCCUCCAGGGAAGAGAACCGUGGGGGAUCAGAUGAAGAAGAAUCAAGAUGAUGAUGAUGAAGAUCUGAACGACACCAACUACGAUGAGUUCAACGGCUAUGCAGGAAGCUUGUUUUCCAGCGGUCCCUACGAGAAAGAUGAUGAAGAGGCUGAUGCCAUCUAUGCAGCCCUGGAUAAACGAAUGGACGAGAGACGCAAAGAGAGAAGGGAACUGAGGGAGAAGGAGGAGAUCGAAAAAUACCGUAUGGAGAGGCCAAAGAUCCAACAGCAGUUUUCAGAUCUUAAGAGGAAACUGGCCGAGGUGUCGGAGGAAGAGUGGCUCAGCAUCCCUGAGGUGGGGGAUGCCAGGAACAAGCGCCAGAGGAACCCACGCUAUGAGAAGCUCACACCCGUCCCCGACAGCUUCUUCUCCAAACACCUGCAGGGGGGAGAGAAUCACACCAGCGUGGAUCCACUGCAAGCGCAAUUUGGAGGCCUGAACACCCCCUUCCCUGGCGGCUUGAACUCCCCGUACCCAGGGGGCAUGACCCCGGGCGCUGGGGACCUGGACAUGAGGAAGAUCGGACAGGCCAGGAACACGCUGAUGGACAUGAGGCUCAGUCAGGUGUCUGAUUCAGUCACUGGACAGACAGUGGUGGACCCUAAAGGCUACCUGACCGAUCUCAACUCGAUGAUCCCAACCCAUGGUGGAGACAUCAGUGACAUCAAGAAAGCCCGUCUGCUGUUGAAGUCGGUGAGGGAGACCAACCCGCACCAUCCUCCGGCCUGGAUCGCCUCCGCCCGUCUGGAAGAGGUGACCGGGAAGCUUCAGGUGGCCAGGAACCUCAUCAUGAAGGGCACCGAGAUGUGCCCCAAGAGUGAGGACGUGUGGCUGGAGGCGGCUCGUCUGCAGCCUGGAGACACGGCCAAGGCUGUGGUGGCUCAGGCAGUGCGUCACCUGCCCGGCUCCGUGCGCAUCUACAUCCGAGCGGCUGAGCUGGAGACGGACGUCAGGGCCAAGAAACGCGUCCUCAGGAAAGCCCUGGAGAAUGUGUCCAAGUCUGUGCGUCUGUGGAAGACUGCCGUGGAGUUGGAGGAGCCAGAGGAUGCGAGGAUUAUGCUGAGCAGAGCAGUGGAGUGCUGUCCCACCAGUGUAGAGCUGUGGCUGGCGCUUGCUCGACUGGAGACGUACGAGAACGCCCGGCGUGUGCUCAACAAGGCCCGCGAGAACAUCCCCACGGACCGGCACAUCUGGAUCACCGCCGCCAAGCUGGAGGAGGCCAACGGCAACACACAGAUGGUAGAGAAGAUCAUCGACAGAGCCAUCACAUCGCUACGCGCCAACGGGGUGGAGAUCAACCGAGAACAGUGGAUCCAGGAUGCUGAGGAGUGUGACAAGGCGGGCAGUGUGGCGACGUGCCAGGCCGUCAUCAGGGCGGUGAUUGGCAUCGGCAUCGAGGAAGAGGACUGCAAACACACGUGGAUGGAAGAUUCCGAGAGUUGUGUGGCCCAUGGUGCUCUGGAGUGUGCCCGUGCCAUCUACGCUCACGCCCUGCAGGUGUUCCCCAGCAAGAAGAGCGUGUGGCUGAGGGCCGCCUACUUUGAGAAGAACCACGGCACGCGUGAGUCACUGGAGGCUCUGCUGCAGAGGGCUGUGGCUCACUGCCCCAAGGCCGAGGUGCUGUGGCUGAUGGGAGCCAAGUCCAAGUGGCUGGCUGGAGACGUGCCCGCUGCCAGGAGCAUCCUCGCCCUGGCCUUCCAGGCGAACCCCAACAGUGAGGAGAUCUGGCUGGCUGCCGUAAAGCUGGAGUCUGAGAACAACGAGUACGAGCGAGCCCGCAGACUACUGGCCAAAGCCCGCAGCAGUGCCCCUACUGCCAGGGUGUUCAUGAAGUCGGUGAAGCUGGAGUGGGUGCUGGGGAACAUCGAGGCAGCACAGGAGCUGUGCACAGAGGCGCUGAAGCACUACGAGGACUUCCCCAAGCUGUGGAUGAUGAGGGGCCAGAUCGAGGAGCAGUCGGAGAACAUGGACAAGGCCAGAGAGGCCUACAACCAUGGGCUGAAGAAGUGUCCACACUCCAUGCCACUAUGGCUCCUCCUCUCCCGGCUGGAGGAGCGUGUGGGUCAGCUGACUCGAGCUCGCGCCAUCCUGGAGAAGUCCCGCCUCAAGAACUCCCAGACGCCAGAGCUGUGGUUGGAGUCGGUGAGACUGGAGUACAGAGCUGGACUGAAGAACAUUGCCAACACAUUGAUGGCCAAAGCUUUGCAGGAGUGCCCCAACUCAGGCAUCCUGUGGGCUGAGGCCAUUUUCCUGGAGGCCCGUCCCCAGCGCAAGACCAAGAGUGUGGACGCGCUGAAGAAGUGCGAGCACGACCCCCAAGUUCUCCUGGCUGUGGCAAAAUUGUUUUGGAGUGAACGGAAAAUAACGAAGGCCAGAGAGUGGUUCCUGAGGACAGUAAAGAUUGAACCUGACCUGGGAGACGCUUGGGCUCUCUUCUACAAAUUUGAGCUUCAGCACGGAACAGAGGAGCAGCAGGAGGAGGUGCGGAAACGCUGCGAGAACGCUGAGCCACGGCACGGGGAGCUCUGGUGCGCCGACUCCAAACACGUGCUCCACUGGCAGAAGAAGAUAGGAGAGAUCCUGGUGCUGGUGGCCUCUAAGGUCAAGAACACCUUCUGAACAUGAGGGCCAUGCCUGAACAAAAAUGUGACAAUGUAAACAUACAUCCAUUCAUUCAUCUAUUAGUUUAUUCAUGUGUGUUGGACCCACAGCACAUCAUAUUUGUUCCUUUAGCCUUGUAUUUUUUAGACUGUUUGAUCGUGACCAACAAGAGUCUCAAUAUGUUUUUUGUUUGUUUUCUUUUUCUAUUAUAAUUGGUACUCCCGAGGCUUUUAAUCCAUCUAUAUAGCUGUCUGUGCUUCACAAGGACUGUUAAAUACUUGCUCUUCAUUGGACUGCAGAAAUUGUUUGAUGUAUUGGACAAAACUUUUGUUUUGAUGUAUUGGACAAAACGUUUUUCUGUUUGUUGUGGAAAUAUAUUCUGUUGUGGAAAUAUAUUCUAAGAUUUGAUUUUGAAUUAUUCCCCUCAACACAUCGGCUGCUUUUGCCUCCCUGUGUAAUGCUGACACUUGUUCUGUAAACCGUGAAAAUGACAAUAAAUUGAGUAAGGGAAGUAACCAAA